AUGCGAAACUCAACAUCUGUGCCAGAAUUCCAUUUCAUCCAACUCUCAGUGGAGCCAGACAUACAGAUUGUUCUCUUUGGCCUCUUUUUGUCCAUGGACCUCUUGGCCCUGUGUGGAAACCUGCUCAUCAUCCUGACAGUAAGCUCUGACUCCCAUCUCCACACACCCAUGUACUUCUUCCUCUCCAACCUGUCCAUAGUUGAUAUUGGUUUCAUCUUCACCACUGUUCCAAGGGUGAUUAUGGACAUCCAAACUCACUGCCGAGACAUUUCCUUUGUGGGCUGCCUGACACAGAUGUCACUGUUUAUAAUUUUUGGAUGUACGGAUAGCAUGAUUCUGGCUGUGAUGGCAUAUGACGGAUUUGUGGCCAUCUGCCAACCUCUGCAUUACCAGGUCAUUAUGAAUCCCAGUCGCUGCAGUGUCUUACUUCUAGGGUCUUUUCUCCAUAGCCUUGCAGAAUUACUGUUGCACUUUGUGGCAAUAUUAAACUUUUCCAACUGUGAGGAUUUUAUUGAAAUUUCCAACUUCUACUGUGACCCUUCUGAACUACUUCAACUUGCCUGUUUUGAUACUUUCACCAGUAACAUAGUCAGAUACUCUGUAGGUGCUCUCUUUGGCUUACUUCCUAUUUCAGGAAUCAUUUCCUCUUACUUUAAAAUAGCUUCCUCCAUCAUACGCUCAUCAUCAUCAAGUGGGAAGCACAGAACCUUCUCCACCUAUGGGUCUCAUUUGUCCAUUGUUUACUUCUUUUAUGGGACAGGACGAAGAGUGUGCUUCAGUUCCUUUCUGUCACAAUCUUCAAGAAGUAUUGCAGUGGCCUAG